AUGUCUGCGACGGACAUCACCGACGAGCUUCCCAUCUACAAUCCUGCUUCCACCAUUGGUCGGAGAGAGAGUCAGAGCUGGAGCACGAGAUCAGUAGUUAAAUACAAACGGAUUCAUCUCAUUCCUCUUGUCGUGAUGUUGUGCUUCUUCAUCCUCUGGUGCUUCAGUACUUCCGUGGAGUUGGAAACCAAAGAUGGGAGAACUCAUUUUGUCCCAAGAGCCAAGAAGCCGAAGCAAAAGAAUGCAGAAACAGAUGUUGAUCUUACUGUGUUGGCAUUAGAAAAUCCACCAGAUGGUUUUUUGUCACUUUCGAAUGGACCAUACGCCUCAUUAGCUGUUCUUCAUCAGUCCCAUGUGUCAUUCUUGGAUUCUCAUGAUCACAAUGCACCAUUAACAGCUUCUCAUGAGCCACAUGCCUCAUUUUCAAUGUCUCAUGGCGAGUCUGGAUGUCCCAUUUACGGAUACUGGUGUUGA